AUGGUUGGAGAAGCCUCAUCAUCGAGUUCAAUUCCAGAAUUAUCUGAAGACAUCGAUAUUGUUGUACUUAAUCAGUUCCCUCCCAACAGUGCUGCUUUACAAAAUAUUUCGGAUAAUAAGUUGUUAUACUGUAUAGAAGGAGAAGAAAAGAAGUCACAUGAAUCUUACUUUAAUCAAGAAAAAGAAAGAAGUUUGCUUCAACUUUCGAAUCAACAGUGUUGCAGUACAACGGGAAUUGCUAAUAAUUUUAAAAUUGUCUUUGAUCCAAAUGGUUUAUUCAUUCCGUGGGAGCUCUAUCAUUAUAUCGGAUUCGAUUUGUUACGACCACUUGCUAAGCUGCAAGCAUUGCGAAAUAUGAAUCUCUAUCUUGCUAUACGAAACGAAUUAUGCCGACGUGGUAAAAAUGGUGGUCUCGAAAUGUUGGACAUUGCUCGUGAAAUAGCUGUUCCAAGUUAUUUUCGUGAAAUUCGAGCUUUGUGGAAUAAUUACAACGAUGCAGUCGAGAAUGAUUUCCAAUUUGUUUUCAUUCGGAUUAUAUCGUUUUUACAUUGGGCUGAUGCUAACAUUUCUUCAUUAACUGACCUUGGAUUGCUGGAUGUCGAGAAGCUAAUGUUGUGCUACAAUUGUUGUUGGAGUGAAACAUCUACAGCACGGAAAAGUUUUGACGCAUUCAUGCGUCAAAUAUUAUUCGAUAUGAAAGAUUUGUUAGCUUUGCGAAGUUGGUGUGGUAUAUUGCGCGAAAAAACAGUUGCUGAAGUAGCCAUGACUCGUGCAGAAUAUCUUACAGUUUUAGAUCUUGGAACUAUGGUACCAAAGGGACCGUCUAAAAAAUGGAAUUUAAGGGAACUGUUUCCGAAACUAAAAAAUUUGGAAGACUUUACAUGGCUCAAUUGCGACCUUCGUGCAUUAGUUUAUUUGGGAUCUGUCAACUCUUUAAAGCGAUUGGUACUGCAUAUAACUAAGUAUGAUCAGAUAUUUUUCGAUCAGUUCUUCACGCGAUUUGGUUUUGAUGCCGAUAUAAAUUCGAGAAAAUCAGAAGAUAACGAGAAAAGGAAGCAAGGGACUGUUUCUUUGACACUAGAGCAUCCUAUUUGUGAUGAUUGUGAUGAUCCUAAAUCUUUCUGCGGUAUAUCUACCUCACAGUAUAUAGCUCAAAAGACGCUUUCAUUAUCCACUUCUUUAGUACCGUCAGCUCCUACUGGUUUAGAUCAGGAGGAAGGAAUUGGCGAUCGGGUUUGGAUCUCCGUGAAACCAUCUACAAAGAAGGUGUAUCUUGAUUACGUUGCUCUGUCGUUUGCUCAUGCGAUCUUGCGCUUCGAAAAAUAUUCUGUAAGAAAUUGGUUUGAUAAAGUUCCGGCUCAACUACUAUCUGAAAAAUUUCAUGUCCCGGUGGCAGUGACUACAGCCAAUACAAUCAUCCUGAAUAUUCCGCCUGCUUUGUAUCAACACAGCUUGUUGAAUUUGGCGACACCAAAAAAGAAGUUCAGUAUUGGAUUUCCAACGGAAAUCUGCGCAAAUAUAAAACCAAAUCGCAUAUCGUACGGAAGUGUUGUGCAGAUUUUGGAAAGCAAUAAAUACAACGACAAUGGAUGCGGAGCGUUUGCGGAGGAAGUUGAAAUUCAUGUUAUGUUCGAUUAUUACCGCAAAGAACGAGUUGUACAUUUAUUUAAUCUUUCUAUGGCGAAAUUCUUUCCCAAAAUUUUGCGUCUCCAUUUUACUGCUGCUGGCAGAAGUAUGAAGAAAUUUUAUAGAUGGCCACGAUCGACAACUGAUAAUACUCUAUUUUUGCGCUAUUUGGCUGUUUUUGAGAUAACUCUGAACUGCUUGACAUUUCAUGUUCCAAAUGUGACUUCUUAUUCUUUAACAUCAGAGCUUGAAGAAGUUUAUGUGACAUUAUGUGGUCUUCCACAUAACGAACGUGAGACAGUUCAAAACGUUAUGGAAUUCUUCCGAGUUUUCAUGCAAUUAAAAGAAAACCUUAGGAUAGUCGUAUUUCGAACUAAUGCACCGUACUUUUUUGAAUUUUUCGAAACGUUAUCACUGAUAACAGGCGAGGACGGCAUGAAUUGCAUUCCUAUUCGAUUGGAAAUUUUGGGAAUUGUAUGUUGCGUCCCUGAAACAAAGAUACAAGGCUUAUCGAGUCGAAUAUGUAAUGCAGUUGAAAGUAUCCAUCCUAUUUUACGAAAACAGUUAAAGAAGCUAAUUUUGGAUGGUCGAGUGUUGGGUGCACUUUCUGCUGAACACUUUGCAUAUGUCCAAAGUCUUUUACCAAACUGUACAUUGGAAGCAGAGCUUGCGCCAGAUGACUGUAAAGAUCUUAAGUAUCGUCGCAUUUAUGAAAAUGGUACUUCUAGAAAUAAGAAUCUUUAUAAUAUUUGCAGCGCAGAUGAUAGCGAAUCGGAAGAUAGCGAAUCACCAGCACUAGACGAUGGAGAUGAAUACUUAAUGAGAUCUGAUUAUUCGGAUACUACGAAUGAAACAGCUGAAAAUGGAACAUUUGCAGAAAUUUCUAUCUCCAAAUCUAGAAAAAAAGGUCUCAUUUUUUUGUGA